AUGUUAAGAUUAUCUAUUCGUUCAUUUUCCUUAUCUUCAAAAUGUUUAACCAACUAUGGUUUCAUUGGUUUGGGUCAAAUGGGUCAACAUAUGGCAAGGCAUAUAUAUGAUAAUUUAGAGUCUAAUGAUAAAUUAUAUGUUUAUGAUACAGUUGCAAGUUGUACGACAAAUUUUAUAAAAAAUGUAACUGAAAAUAAACCAACAAAUUCUUCACAAUUAAAAGGUUUAAAUUCAUUACAAGAUUUCACCAAUAAUUCCAAAAUUGAUAAUAAACAAUUAGAUUUUAUUAUAACUAUGGUUCCAGAAGGUAAACAUGUUAAAUCAGUUGUAAAAGAAUUAGUUGAAUCAUACAAAAAAAAUGGUUAUAAUAAUCAAAUACCAACUACAUUUAUAGAUUCUUCAACUAUUGAUAUUCCAACUUCAACAGAAAUUCAUGAAUUUGUUAAAACAGAAAUUCCAGAAUUUGAUUUUAUAGAUGCUCCAGUUUCUGGUGGUGUUGCGGGUGCAAGAAAAGCUACUUUAUCAUUUAUGUUAUCAAGGGAUUCAAUAAAUGAUAUUUCUCCAUCUUUAGUUAUUUUAUUAAAUAAAAUGGGUAAAAAUAUCUUCCCAUGUGGUUCAAAACAUGGUACUGGUUUAGCUGCAAAAUUAUCAAAUAAUUAUUUAUUAGCUAUUACAAAUAUUGCAGUUGCUGAUUCUUUUCAAUUGGCAAAAGCUUUUGGUUUAAAUUUACAAAAUUAUGCUAAAUUAGUUGCUGUUUCAACUGGUAAAUCUUGGGCUUCAGUAGAUAAUUGUCCAAUUCCUGGUGUUUACCCUGAAAAUAAUUUACCUGCUGAUGUUGGUUAUAAAGGUGGUUUUAUUACAAAAUUAACAAGAAAAGAUGUUACAUUAGCUACACAAUCAGCAAAAUCAAAAGAUAGAUUUUUAUUCCUUGGUGAAAUUGGUCAAUAUUGGUAUGAUAAAGCUUGUGAAAGAGAAGAUAUUGCUAACAGAGAUUUAGGUGUAUUUUUUGAAUGGUUAGGUGAUUUACAAUUGAAUGAAAAGGGCGAAUUAAUUGAUGAAAAAAGAAAGUAA